GCACCGCCGGAGCUUGACGACCUCGACGCUCCUGCGCUUCUUCUGGGUGUUUCGCUGGGCGCUCAUGACCAAGUCCCUCUACUCGGCGAUCACGUCAAUGACCUCGUGGUGGGACGAGGUCGCCCACGCCAAGCUCGCGCUGCACUGCGUGGUGUACGGCAGCUUUACGUGCCUUGCCGUCUCGAGCUUUUGGACCCAGCGCGACUUGACGAAUUUGUCGCCAGAAGUGCUCGCGCUGUCUCGCCAACGCAUGAAGUCGAUCGCGUCGAUCCACGCCCACGGCAAGCAGUGGGUCCAGCAGAUGUACGGGUCCCUCGACCAGUACCUCCCCCACCGCCCGCGGACGCCGGUGCACGAGUCAAUUCUGUUUCCGCCGCCGACCGACCGCGUCCGCGUCAGCAUUCCGUCGUACACGAUCACGCGCAUGUCCUCGUCGUCCUUCGUGUCGUACAAGAUUCUGGUCACGACCGAAGACGAGACGUGGAGCGUGCGCCGACGGUUUAGCGACUUUGUGUUUUUACGCGACGAACUGCCCGAAUGCGUCAAGCUCGGCCCACUCUUCCCAGAAAAGACGCUUCUCAAGCAGUUCAACCCCAAGCGCAUCGACACCCGGCGCGUCAAGCUCGAGCGCUACCUCAACGCCGUGCUGUCCCACCCGCACUUUGACGUGCAGAACUCGCUGGCGCUAUGCGACUUCUUAGAGAUGGAAUAUGUCGCCGACGAAGCUGUCUAUCAAGUCGUGUAGAUAUCUUGUCGGCGGCGCACCUCGCCUCGACCCUUAAUUAUUCCUGGUCCGUGGGCUUAAACCCUAC